UCUCUUAUUUUUUAAAAGGAACUUUUUCAACAAGUUUAUUUGUUGAACGUUUAAUAAUAUUGCGGUAGAUUUACGGUUUUGUAUAGAUUAUUAUUUUUAGUUUGUUGUUGUUGUUGUUGUUGUUGUUAUUGUGAAUAAAGAAAUGUCGUGAGUAUUUCGUAGAGAGUUUGCUUUUGAUGCUGAAGGAAUGCGUUUUUACUGUAGUUCGUUGAAGCAUCGCGAGAGAGAAGGUCACGCAUCGUGGAAUAUCUUUACGACGUUCUAUACCUUUCUUAUUUUUCUUCUUCUUUUUCUCACUUAACUUCCUUUCGUGUAUCAUCUUAUUAUUAUUCUUCUUCUUCUUUCUGUUUUUCUUUUUCUUCUUCUUAUUCGGUUAGUUUAAGAUUCGAAAGAGAGACUGUGACUCUCAAGAACUCUCCUCGACCGUUUGACCGACUACGGUGGUUUUUAAUGUUGUACGUCAGUUGCGGCAGGUCACGAGGAACGGCUCUCAAGAUGGCCUACAUUAUACUAUUUCGUUAUUAUCGUUGACCAGAAAAAGUAAAAAAAAAAAAAAAAAAUAAGAAAAAGAAAACAAAAUUGGGACGGUGAGAGAAAGAACAAAAAUAAAGAGAAGAAAGAACAAAUUUUUAUUACCCAUUCUCGAAAGAACCGAUUGAUUAAUUCCAUAAAAAUUAUUAUUCCGAAAUAUUGUCGAUUCUUUUAUAAAGAAAUAAACACAAAAUAAAAAUGGGCCAAGCUUGGUGCAAAGAAAAAACUUCAAAGGCACAGGAUUCGAAAUCACCUUUGGAUCGGGUCUUUGUUCGAUGUGCUCAUCGGAUUUAUCCGAGCUUAAAAGAAGAGGGUUCUGUACUCGGUGGUGCCACUCAAAGAGUAACGAGUUCUGAGAUUGGAUACGCUGGUUCACCACCCAGAGAUGUCCUCACUAGAGGUAGAAGCAUCGACUCAGUCGACAGACCCUUUCAACCAAGUGAUUGGGUGGACGUUAACUUGGAAGUACCCAGUACACCAAGACCUAACUCGGUUCUCACCAACUUGACCAUAGACACGAAUCUCUAUCCACCUACGACCACUCCCACGUCUAUCAGAUCGAAUAAUUUGAAAGACGUAACACCGGUGCCACCACCCAGACGAAAGAAGAGAAAUAGAGGUAGACCAUUGCCACCAAAACCGGACGAGAUUGCAGAUAAAACGAUGUGCAAUUUGCGGCAUGUAGAUUCAUGCGAGGAGCCGUUAUAUUCAUCUGUAGUGAGUAACAACUCACCACGAAUGUUGCUGAACGAUUAUGCGACUAUGGAGGAUGUCGUUGGUAGGGUUGACAGUGACGAUGAUGAUGGUGGUGGUGUUGGUGGUGGUGAUGUUGGUAUGAAGAAGAAGAAGAAGAAGCAGCAGCAGCAACAGGAAUCAGAAGAUGAAGGUUGCAUUUACCGAAAUCAAACGAAUGGUACGAGAGAUUCUCCUAGGUUGAAGGAAUAUUCAAAAGGUGUAAUGCCUGAGGGUAAAAGGACGAAGGAGAUAUACGAGCACAAGGCGAGUAUUACCGAGGUUAACGGUACCGGAAGAAUAAUAUCGAGCGAGGUGGUUUCCGGCAAAAGGUUAUCCCAGAACUACGAUAAGAAGAUACACAAAAAUACUAAUCAGAAUAAAAAAAUAAACGAUACCGAGGAAUACGAGAGAUUUGUUAACGGACGUACCAUCAAGGAUUCUUCGUCUACGCCUAAUCAAAAAGACAAUGUUGAUACGUGUAAAAGGUCCAAAGAAUUGCUAAUAAAACGACAAAUCGAUGAUACUAUUAAUAAAAACGAUGGCAAUUUAUUAGAAGCUAAUAUCAGACCAAAGAACUACAGUACCGUUAGUCUUCCAAAUUACGACGAGUUGGACGUAGGUAGAUACGAGAUGAAAAGGAACAACGAUGAACAAGGGGAACACGAGAAAAUAAGAUCAAGGAGACCCGUCAGAAGCAGUACAGGAUCUCUUCCGGUCGAAUCCUUCCUUCAACCUUUCUCUCAGAAAACAAGUAUCCGAUUGGAGGACUAUAUUUCACGUCAUGGUAGUACCGAAAAUCUAUCGGAAUAUGAAGUACUAGAAGGAAAGCUUCCUUGCACUGAUUCCGAUGGCAAGACUGAAUUCUUGAAGUACGAUUCAAGUAAAUUGGAGGAUUGGGACAUUGGUGACAUCGGUAAUUGCGAAUUGAACCACCACCAAAGGCCCCAUGAGGAUCCAGAUAUAGCGGAUCGUGACGUGGUGGAUUUUCAUCAGACACGUGAAAAUACUCACGUAGUGCAAAAGCCAGUAUCCUUUGGGAAACCAACCGAGUUUGUUAACGAUACCAAGUUGAAUUGUAUUCUAAUGGAACAAGACAGAUGUAUUCAAGAGGAAACGAAAGAAUUAUCGAAACCAGAUAAGCCACCAUUAUGCAAGGAACCUGUUUGUUCUAAUCGGAUCAAUUCAUUUUAUUCAGAUAACAUCGGUGGUGAAAUCGGGAAGAAAAAGAAGGAGGAAGAAGAAGAAGAGGAAAAAGAGGAUGAUUUCGAUCGAUCUAAUUCAAAGAGGAUGAUCUUUGGUAGGAGUUUAUCGAACGAGAGUGAACCCAACGAUCCAGUUGAUGUGUCAUGCGAAACGAAAGAAUUACGUUUACGUGAGACAAAUAAGAUGAUCAGGACGAUAUCGGAGGAAUUGUUGACACGUGAGAUGUUACCUGAUAGAAAUACGUCGUUCUUCGAUGGGGACGACGAAAAGAAUCUUAAAAUGAAGAAAAUUCAAACCCCACCACCUAGUCCAGAGAAUAAAAUCAAAGCUGAGAUUGUUGAAAACGAACAUUCAAUUUUAUUGAAGGUUUUAAAAGAAGAAGCAGCUUUAGCUGCCGAGGGUAGUAAUUUUAGUUCGAUGACACCAAGUUUAACCGAAUUGGAAGUAGCUUUGUCGGAUAUGUUGGAAAAAGAACAAAACGAUCAACAGGAUAUUUCUAAAAAUGAACAUCAUUCAGAUGAUAGAUCCUUGUCACCAUCUGGUUGUAAUGAACAAAUCGAACCAAAAAUUAUUCCAAUCGAUAAACAUUCUGACAGAAGGAACGAUUUACGUCCAGUUUCAUUGGGUGAUAUUCUUAAAAAGAAUUCACCGAAAAAUCAAAGGAAAGUAUCAUUUUGUGCAUGGGAAGAAAAAGAAUUAAUUUAUAAUGAUGAUAAUGAUGAUGAUGAUGAUGAUGAUGAUAGUCGUGUUAAUAAGAAUUACGAUAAGAAAAUUAUUAUUAGGGAUAAACCUGAUGAACCAAUGCGUCGAUACAGUCUCGACGAUUCUAUCAUGAAUGAUAAAUCCGAGGAUACUCCUACACCACCAAGAAGAAGGCACAGACCUUCUUGUCCUUCGGGAAUCCUUAGGGAAGAUCAACGUACCUCGAUUAACGGUGCAAAAAUACAUUCCGACACUGAACACGGUGAUAGACUCAUUUGAUCUCGAUAAUCUUGUUGCUUUUUGUUGUUGUUAUAUGAACAAUCAAGUUAAUUAGUUCGGAAAGAGAUUUUUCCUUUUUA